CCCAACCCCAUUCUCUCUCUCGCUCUUUAUUAGAGAAAGAGAAGAAGACGAUCCGAGAGAGAGAGAGAGAGAGAGAGAGAGAAAGAGAGAGAUAGAUUGGUUGAAUUUCUGGUUUGUUUGAUCCGAAGUGAUUCAUGAGCGCUCUGUUUCAAGUGAAACGAGGAUGAAGGUUGGUGCUUGGAUUCAUGGUGAGCUCCGAAGAGAGGAAGAGGAGGAAGACCAGUUUUUUGAUUCUAGAGAGGAUAUCUCGUCGGCGGAGUCCGAUUCGUGGCCGGGAACCCCGCGGGCCGUUGAGCGGAGCGCCGGCGACGCUUUGUAUGGUGUCUGGGCUCAGAGUCCCGGUACUGUGCGAGAGCGCCGGGAAAAGUUCUUGAAAUGGAUGGGCUUGGACCUUUUGAGAAGUCCCUUGUCGGAGUCCGACGAGGAGACGGCGCCGGAAGUUGAUAGGAUUGUUUUGGAUGGCGGCGCGAUGCGGAGUGACUCCGGGUCGGAGAUUGCGUCUGAAGAUAUGACCUUUGAUGAGAAUAUUGGAUAUAGAAUAAAGAAUUUGGAUGAUGGCAGGGAGUUUGUGGCUGAUGUGUUUGAGGAGAAUGGUGAUCUGAGGAGCUUGAGAGAGGUAGGUUCUGACCGGAUGAUGACGCUUGAUGAGUUUGAAAGGAACUUUAGCGCGUCGGUGUUUGUACAGAGACUAAUGAGGAGGGAGGAAAGCUCGGGAAGCAAUUCGGAGAAUGUGAUGACAUUGGAAAUGAGGAAGAGGAGGAGGAGCAGUAGCAGGGGAAGAAUUGGGUGGUUGAAGAGAUUGGGUGCAGUGGCUUGCAUUGUGGAUAGACAAGGGAAGGAGAGCAAUUUGAAUUUGAGUGCUUCUGAAGAUAGUGUGAAUGAUAGGAUCCAGAGGAUUCAGAGGAUUCAGAGAAUUCACGGAAUCCAAAGAGUUAAGGUUCGAUCUUACAGGAAGCGUUUGAAGGAGUUCUCUGCUGUUUAUAUGAUACAGGAUAUCAGUGCGCAUGAUGGUGCCAUUCUUACUAUGAAGUUUAGCCCAGAUGGGAGGUAUUUAGCAACUGGAGGGCAGGAUGGUGUUGUUCGCGUGUGGCUUGUGACAGAAUGUGAGUGGAGGAAUGCUGUGGAUGUCCCUGAGGAUGAUCCUUCUUGCAUGUACUUCACGGCAAACCGUAAUUCUGAGUUAGCUCCUUUAUAUGCUGAUAAGGAGAAGAAGAACAAGUCUGGUAGUUUGAAGAGGACUUCAGAUUCAGCUUGUGUUGUCAUUCCUUCUGAUGUCUUUCGGAUAUCUGAGAGACCGCUUCAUGAGUUCCGUGGUCAUGAUGGAGAUGUGUUGGAUCUUUCAUGGUCAAAGAGUAAUAAGUAUCUAUUGUCAUCAUCAAUUGACAAAACAGUGCGCUUGUGGCAAGUGGGAUUCAAUGGCUGUCUCAAAGUGUUUUCUCAUAAUAAUUAUGUGACUUGCAUUCAGUUUAAUCCCACCGAUGAGCAUUAUUUCAUCAGUGGCUCGAUUGAUGGGAAAAUUCGUAUCUGGGAGAUUCCUCAAUGUCGAGUUGUGGAUUGGGCUGAUGUAAAAGAGAUAGUCACUGCAGUGUGUUACCAGCCUGAUGGAAAGGGAGGAGUGGUUGGCACCAUCACAAGUGAUUGCCACUUUUAUGAUGCAUCAGACAAUCAACUCCAACUGGAUGCCAAGGUUUCCCUGCAGUGUAAAAAGAAGUCUGUUGACAAGAGGAUAACUGGCUUUCAGUUUUGUCCUAUUGAUCAUCAGAAACUAAUGGUCACAUCUGCUGAUUCACAAGUCCGAAUCCUUGAUGGUGUUGACAUCGUCUCCAAAUAUAAGGGAUUCCGAAACACUGGAAGUCAAAUAGCAGCAUCAUUCACCUCAGAUGGAAGGCAUAUCAUAUCCGCUAGUGAGGAUUCAAAUGUCUACAUAUGGAUGCACACCAACCAUGAUGCAGCUACAUGCAAUCAGGUCAAGAGCACCUGGUCAUGUGAGCGCUUCUUUUCGAGAAAUGCAUCAGUUGCACUACCAUGGCCUGGGUUUGAAUCCACAAGUCCUGUGUCAGUCACAUCUGAUGUUUUCCCUGGAACCUUCAGUGACCAAACUCAAAUCAGUGAAUGUGAUUUGGCUGGCAACAACAACCUCUACCUCUCACCUAGUGGUAGUUUCACUCUGAGCCAAGACUUCUUCUCAGAGUCUCUACCGAAGGGUUCAGCAACAUGGCCAGAGGAGAAGCUCCCCUCCGGCUCCGUGACUGCAUCUCUCUUGUGCAAAUACGAGUACAAAUUUCUAAAAACUUCUUGCCAGAACAGCUCUCAUGCCUGGGGCAAGGUGAUAGUCACAGGCGGAUGGGACGGACGGCUACAGUCAUUCCAGAACUACGGAUUGCCAGUACGUCUAUGACUAUAUCUGCCAUCACAUGAUUGCUUUCGAUUUCUCGAUUUUAAGUGCAUAGUACGGAGAACUCACAUGCCUGGUGGUCCAUAAUGUACUAGUUAGCGUGGUCCUUCGAGCUCGCAAGUGAAUCAAUUGAUGAUUGCAGGCCCUGGAUGGCGGAAUUCUUUGUAAAUUUGUGCAGAAAAAGAAAUUGAGGUUGGGUGGUAGGGUGGUUUUUCAGAAUCAGGGCCCCCCCUUCUUUAUUUUGGGAGGUUCUGAGGGAGACACCACAAUCACGUUUUGCUGCAAAUGUUACUGAUCAGUGGUUGUAAAGCAUCCCUGUCAUUGUUAACAAGCGGUGGACAACACAAGAUGGCUAAUUGUAUCGUUGGCUAGAAAAAAAAAAAAAAAUGAAAAGGAAAAACAACAUUUCAUUCAAUUAUACAGAUUCAUUCA